UACAUUAGCCAUGUAGUUAUACAUUCUGUUAUCUUCGUUCUAUUUACCAUUCAUAGGACGAUGAUGAGUAUUCUCCCUGACCGGAUUCCCUUGGCUCAGCUCUCAGAUGAGGAAAUGUUGGGCACAGGAGUCUGUAUCAAGAGAGAACUCGACGAAGGUGUCACCGAAGACAUGUAUUUAGAAAUUAAGGAAGAACCGUAUGAUUAUGCAGAUGAAGCAAAAUAUAAAGUGAGUGAAGUAAAAGUGAAAGAAGAAUUUCUUUUCUUCAAGGAUCUUCAAGACCUCAGGCAGGAUGUAAAUGAAAAAGACUCAUGUGAUUUUACUGUGGAUUGCAACGAUAUUUCAUCAGGAGCACCAUUAGUGGCCGAGGAUUGUGGGAACAGGUGCUCGUCAGAUUGGGAUGAGGCACCACUUAAGGAAACUUAUGAGGAGGUUACACAUGGAAACGUGGAUAGGAAAUUGAAGUGUUUUUCAUGUGAAGUGUGUGGCAAGACGUUCGAUAAUAAGACAUAUAUAAAGAUUCAUAUGAGAGUACACACAAAGGAGAAGCCAUAUGGCUGUGAAUUUUGCAACAAAGCUUUCUCAAGGAAGAGUGACCAAGUGAAGCACAAAAGAGUACAUACAAAGGAGAGGCCAUACAGCUGUGAAAUUUGCAAGCAAGCCUUCUCACAGAAAAAGAGUUUAGUAAAGCACAUGAGAGUACAUACGAAUGAGAAACCCUAUAGCUGUGAGAUUUGCAAUAAGGCCUUCUCAGAUAAAUCCAAUUUAGUGGAACACAUGAGAGUACAUACAAAGGAGAAGCCAUACAUCUGUGAGAUCUGUAAUAGGGCUUUUGCUCAUACUAGUUCAAGAGUGAUACACAUGAGAGUACAUACAAAAGAGAAACCAUACAGCUGUGAGAUUUGCAACAAGGCCUUCUCAAAGAAUUGUUCCCUAGUGCAACACAUGAGAGUACAUACUAAGGAGAAACCAUACAGCUGUAAUAUUUGCAACAAGUCCUUCACUGUGAAAUGUAGUCUUGUAAAGCACAUGAGAGUACAUACAAAGGAGAAGCCAUAUACCUGUGAGAUUUGCAAUAAAGCCUUCUCUCUAAAAUACGUUCUAGCACAACACAAGAAAGUACACACAAAGAAAUAAUGUAGCUGAGGUUUCUCUCAAGAAAAAUUGAUUUAGUGAUUUAGUGAUUUACGUAAGGUUUCCCUCACACAAAAUGAUUUAGCGAUAGUGUGCAGGCAUGCAGAGUAGAAGCCAUAUAGGUAUUUAGCCAUAUAGAUAUCCUCGAGAUUUUCGUAUUCUUGUAUUCUCUGGAAAGAAAGAAUACCAGAGUGUACAUAAAGGUUUCACAUAUAACAAAUAUUUUAGUUUCCAUUGACUUUUUAUCCAUAUGCAUAUGUCUGUUGUCACUGACCAGGGGCGUUCAAA